AUGUAGAAUUUCGAAGAUGAAACAUUUGUCCGCUAACUGAUGUCUGAUAUAAGUAGACCUAUUGCUGAUAAGUAACCACAUCGUUUUUAGAUAGACUUGAAAAUAUAUAGAAGGAAUUCGAGAGUAUUAAGCUUAGUAUCCAUCAACACAGUAGAAUGAUAGAUAUUUUGUCAGAUAAAUCAGAUCAAUUAUCUUUUGAUAUGUACUGCAACAUCAUUUAUAAUAGCAAACUCAAUAAUGAUAUAAUCGAGCAUCUCAGAAAGAAUAUAAAGGAAGAUUAAUAAAAAGUAUUUGAAAUUGAAAACCAUUUUAAUUUGGAUUUCAAUAAUACCAGACUAGAAUAAGGAGUCAUAACACAAGAAUAGCAUAAUCUGAAGAAGGAAAUCAAAAUCUUAGGUGAUGUCUAAUAAAGUUUGACUGAGAGAGUUGAAAUAUAUAAUAAUUACCUAAGUCAGAAAUUGUACUAACAAGAGUUUGCAAUUAGUAAUGUCGACACAUCUAAUUCAAAAGUCAUCAAAGAAAUAACAAAUUUAAAUCUCAAAGUAUCUAAUCAAUCUAUUUAAUAGAAUCAGGAAGAAUUAUAAACUUAAAAAAUAUUAACUUAAGAUAUACUAGCAAAAAUACAAAAGAAUUCAUAAGAACUCAAUAAAACCAUCUGCAGUUAAUAAUGGAUGUAGGAUAUGAUCGUUGAAUUAAGAUAAAAAUCAUAAUUCUAUCUUACUAUUGAUUAAGUAGAUUUACAAUAACAAUAAUAAACUCCCUUAAUUAAUCUUCCAACUGUGAUAUCCUAGAGCUGUUAAAUUUCAAAGUAUCAAUCAUAUUGUUAUUAGUUAAGUUGACUAACAAGAUUUCUCUGAAAUUAUUGCUGAAAAGCUUAAAAAACUAAAAAAUUAGAUUGAUACAGAAAUGUAAUAAUAAAAAGAAUUAAAUUCAAUCUAAAUAGAAGAAUUAAAAAAAGCAUUAAAUACUUUUAAGUAAGAUUUUCUUAGAAGACUUCAAUAAAUCUAAUCCAAUUUAAAGGACACGAAUGAUAAGUUAUCAAUCUCAAUAGGCGAAGUUCAAGAUUAAAAGUUGAGUUUCAAAUAACAAAUCAAUUAAAUUAAUGAAUUGAUCCAAAAAUAAUUUUCAAAGAUUUCUUAAGAUAUUUAAACCAUAUAAACUAAUAUAACAGGAUUGGAUCUUCGGAUGGCAGAAACACAUUCCACAGUUAUUCACGUUUAAGAUAAGUAGAAGGAGACAUAAGUACAUUAAGCACCAUAGGAGUAGUUUAAUAAUUAAAAUGACAUUAUCAGUCUACUGCCUAUUAAAUAAGAGUCCUAAUUUUAUGAUUCAUUUUAGUUCAAUAAUACUGUUACUUAAAAAUUUAUUAAAACAGAUUAAACUAUAUAAUUUCAGCCUUCAUAAUUGAAUAGUGCCAAAAAAUAAAGAGAAACCUAACUUUUUGAACCAAAAUAAACGCAAGCAAUUAUAGAAAAUUCAGACAAUUAAAAUAAUUUGAUUAUUCCAUAAAGAAAGGUUCAAAAUGAAAUAGUUAAAUUAAAGUCAGAUUUCUUUAAUUAAUAGCAAUACAAUCAAAAUCAAAUGAAUAAAUUGCUAAAAUAGAAGUCCAUUACAGAUUAAGAACUCUAGGAUAUUGAUAAAUAACUAAAAUAAUUUAAUUCGUAUUUUGGGGUGAUUUUCUCUUUGAUUUUACAUAACGAGUUAAUUGGGACAGAUUAUCAAGCCAAGAUAGUAGGUAAUGGAUUUAAAUUUGAAUUCUUACCUUUUUAAUAGGAUGAAAAAACAAUGAUAUUAUAUUAAAGUAACAGGAUUUCGAAAGUAGAUCUCUUAAUGAAGACUAUUAUUUGCACUCACUCCAUAAUCACGAAACAAAAAUAAAAUAAUUUCUAGUUUUAAUAAGAAAAAUCGAAGUAAAAUACAGAAAUAAGUAGAGAAUUAUAAAGUAAAAUUUAUAAAUAUCUUUACAGCUAUGUAUGUUAAUAAAAAGAAUAGAUUCAUAGAUGACAAAUACUAGACUGAAAGACUCAAUUUAUCUCUAGAAACUCCAGCAAAAUAGAAAGUGACGAAGGUUCUAGUAAAAUACAAGAAAUUAUUGGAUUGAUUAUUUUUUUGUAAUAUAAAC